AUAUAUGUGUGUGUGUGUAUAUUACUUGGAAUUAGAAUAAAGACCACCAACGAUCCCUCUCCUACCAACCCCUCCACCCAUAGUCACACACACACACACACACACACACACACACACAAACUACUUUUUCCACCAGUCAACUUUCCACACGGAAACCACCAUACACUCCUAGUGAAACAUUCCAUAGGACUGAGGGUUCUCAGGGUUUUGAUUUUGUUACAGGACAUUCUGGAAUACUCUAUCUUUAGACUGAUAAACAGUUGCCUUUAGUAACACACACACACACACAUAUAUAGACAUAUAUGUAAAUAUAGAUACAUAUUUUUAACAACUUCAGACAUUAGAAAAGAGUGAGAAUCAGGGAGGGUUAAACUGUGGGAGGGGAGGAGAACACUUUGAGGAGGAGACGUCAACAAGAGGAGGAGAGAAGGGGACGAGAAACAGCUGUGUGUCAGUGAUGGUGUGUAUUUGUCUGUGUGUUUCUAUCUCUGUCUCUGUGUGUGCGUGACUGACUGUUUUUGCACUGUGAUAUUAACAUUUGGUCUGUUUUUUAUUUUGUUUUCACUCUGUUUUUAAUACUGAGUAAAAAAGACCCCUCUGCUGAAAUAAGCCCCUCCUCCUCUUGUCCUUGUGGCCUCUCCUUAUCUGAGGAUCUGAAGACCAGGACCUGAUGGUUGUGUACGGUCCAGAUCUUUGGAGGAACCAGAUUUUCCUUCAGAUUUCUAUCAGUCAUGUAUAAUAUUUAAAUAUAAAAGAUGACACAGAAAUGGUUUGCUCUGGGAGAAUAUACUUCACAAAAAGACUCUGCAGAAAAUCCAAUUUCUCCAUGGAAUACUGUUCUAAAUUUGCCUCUAAAUCCUUGAAAACUUGUCAAAACUGUAGCUGAUAAGUGGUUAAAAAUAAGAUGUUAAGUGUUUGAUAUGACUUAAACCAGACAUUCAGAACGUUCUGGCUUAUAAAGGACAAGUCUGAAAAAAAACAUAUCAAAACACUGAGUCAGCAGCAUGACGUUCCCUGGUCAGAAAUGUGAAGUUUCUUCUGCUGCAGUAUGAAACUCCUCCUGACUGUUUAUCAGGGUUUCUCCACAGGGAUGUCAAGGUUAACAGAAGGAGCAGAAGAGUAGGAGUAGAGGAGAAAGAGAUAAAGGAGGAAGGAGGUAGAAAGACAAAAACCUCUACUCCUCAUGCUCAGUUUUCUCUCUUUCUCUCUGUAGGUUUUAUUUUCUUUCAUCCAAGAGUGCAGCGGACCAAGUCUGUGUUAUAGUUACCGUGCUCUGCUGCCCUCUGGCGGUUAAAGAGUGCUUUUGUGCUGCAGGUGUCGGUGCAGGCAGAAGUAGCAUGGGAGAAAAUUCAAACCUGUUUAUCGUGUGUUAUCUUGACAUGUGCGGUCUGACCUGGAAGCAGCGACUACACACUUAUGUGACAAUGCUAUGUGUGUUGUGUGUUGUGUGUGUGUGUGUCACGUUGUCUGCAUCGAGUGAGGAUUUGGAUCUGAUAUAAUCUGACAGGACAGGAGACAGGACACACACUAGUUCUCAGUCCUUACACACACACUGACGUGCACACACAGCCACGCAGGUGAAUUAACGCUCGGAAUUUAAAGAUCGGUUUUUAUUUAUUUAUUUUCUAUUCUUAAUCUAAAAAUAGAUGAGGCAGGAAGAAGCAGGAAACUUCACUGACGUCACUGAACGGUAAGGAAAAGUCGCACUCUGAUGACAAUAUAUGAGUGUAACAUGAUUGAUAUUAAACAAUCAAACGACGACACAUUAUGGUGAAACAGACUUUAGGAAUUAUGAAACUUUAUUAUUAUUUCUAAAUACUUGUCAAAUUACUACCUAAUACACCUUUUGUUUCAUCAUUGUUCAUCAGACCUCCUUCUGCUGACCCGUGGAUCCUCUGAACCCUGAGAUGAAACAACUUCAUGGCUCUUCUUCUUUUCUCCAACCAUCCCUUCAUCUCCUACUGAGGUUCCUCUUCAUUGCCCUCCUGACCUGGCUGUGUGUCCUAGUCCGUCUGGUAGAGGGCGCCCGGUUCAGCGUGGGCGUGGUGGGACCCUGGGAGUGUGACCCUUGUUUUGCUAAAGCUCUACCUGACGUUGCAGCACGGCUGGCUGUAAAUCGCAUCAACAGAGAUCCCUCACUUUCCAAAGCUCUGACUUUUGAUUACGUCGUCCUGCAGGAACCCUGUGAGACCUCCAGGGCACUAGAGGCCUUUAUUGGUUUCCAGACUAAGGCCUCAGCCUACAUUGGCCCAGUCAAUCCUGGCUACUGUGACGCAGCGUCAAUGCUGAGUAAAGGCUGGAAUAAAGCAUUGUUUCCUUGGAGUUGUGAGGGAAACGACUUGGAUGAUGUUGGGAGUCACCCCACCUUUGCCUGGUCCACCACGAGGCCCACUCGGGUCCUGUUCAGUGUCAUGAACUACUUCAGGUGGGCCCACAUCGCCGUCAUCUCUUCUUCUGAAGGCAUCUGGGUGGAGACGGCCAUCAAGGUGGCUGAUUCCUUGAGGAGUCAUGGUCUCCAAGUCAGACUGGUUAGGUCCAUGGAGAACACACCCCAUGACAUCAGAAGAACUUUGGCCAAAGUUCGUGAGCUCAAUGAAAUACGCGUUGUGAUCCUCUGUAUGCACUCGGCACUAAUCGGUGGAAAAGUCCAAAAGCUUUUGUUGGAAACAGCCUACGACAUGCAGAUGAUGGACGGCUCCCUGGUCUUCAUGCCCUAUGAUACUUUACUCUACAGCCUGCCCUACCACAACGUUAGCUACCCCGCUCUGAAGGGAAACAGCAAACUGCUGCGAGCCUACGACGCUGUGCUGACAGUCACCAUCGACUCGCCGCAGACGUCCUUCUACGAGGUCUACAGAGAGGCCAUGGGCAGUGGAGAGGUGAAGGGCACACUGCAGCCUCAGCAGGUGUCUCCUCUCUUUGGGACCAUCUAUAGCUCGGUCCUCUUCAUGGCUCAUGCAGUACACAGUGUUCAUCGGUCGGGCCAGUGGAUGUCAGGGGGCAACCUGGCGAGACACACACAUAACCUGGAUUUUCAGGGCUUCAGCCAUCCAAUAAAAACCAACGAUUCUGGAGAAGCCUUGUUGGGCUUCCUGAUUCUGGACACAGACGGACUCUCCUGGGAUCUGAAACCAACUUACAGGAUUGACAUGGAGACCCUUACAGUGCUCUUCCUCGGUCACAACAUCCAUUUUCCUCAAGGCAGUGGGCCCAAAAAGGACUCCUCCUGCUGGUUCACUCCUGGAGUUAUUUGCUCUGGAGGUGUUGACGUGUUCACGACCAUCAGGAUGUUUCUCUGGUCGACUGGUUUCUCUGUCUUCGCUGUGGUGCUGAUUUACUGUAUCAGACGACAUAUCCAUCAGCUUCAAAAAGUCAAAGGUCCCAACAAGAUCUUGUUGACUCUGACUGAUGUUACCUUCAUAAACCCAUCACUCAGUAACAAGAAGCUGAGUCUUUACAGCAGCAGAAGCAGUGAGAUGAAGAGCACUUCAGAGCACAGCCAGGCCUCACCAGGCUCCACAGACUCCCCUGCCACCUAUGAGAACUCCAACGUAGUUAUUUAUGAGGGUGACUGGGCUUGGCUGAAGAGACUUCCCGAUGGAGCCUUCAGCAGAAUCAAUCCUAAAACCAGUGAUGUGUUUGAACUGGUACAGUAUGUUCUUCUUGUGACACAAAGUCAAUUCCGUUCUCAGAAAACUGUCUCAUCAAACCAUCUUUUUCAGAUGAAGGAUAUGCGUCACGAGAACGUUAAUCCCUUCCUGGGCUUCUUUCACGACUGCUGUGUUUUUGCCAUUGUUACCGAGUUCUGCUCCAGAGGAAGUUUAGAGGACCUCCUCCUGAACGAGGAUGUAAAACUGGACUGGAUGUUCAAGUCCUCUCUGCUGCUGGACCUCAUCAAGGGAAUGAAAUACCUCCAUCACCGCGGUGUGUGUCACACUCGCCUGAAGUCUCGUAACUGUGUGGUGGAUGGUCGCUUUGUCCUAAAGGUCACAGAUUACGGCUACAAUGAGGUUCUGCAGGCUCAACGGUUUCCUUAUGAAGAACCACCUGCAGAAGGUGAGGGAACAACAAGCCUGGAACCAGGUCCACUGAGCUAUGACACGGAUCACCGUUAUGAUCUUCAUGUUUCAGAGUUACUGUGGACAGCUCCAGAGAUCCUGAGGAGUGGUCAGCCAGGUCUUCAUGGUACUCAACCAGGAGAUGUCUUCAGCUUUGCUAUCAUCAUUCAGGAAGUGGUGAUCAGAGGACCUCCUUUCUGCAUGCUGGACCUUCCUGCAACAGAGAUCGUAGAGAAGCUCCGUAGGCCUCCUCCUCUGUGUCGACCUGUAGUCAGUCAAGACUACGCUCCGUUUGAGUGCAUCCAGCUGAUGAAACAAUGCUGGGACGAGCAGCCAGAGAGGAGGCCCAACUUUGAGGCCAUCUUUGACCAGUUCAAGGACAUCAACAAGGGGAAGAAGACCAACAUCAUCGACUCCAUGCUGAGGAUGUUGGAGCAGUACUCCUCCAACCUGGAGGAGCUGAUCAGAGAGCGAACAGAGGAGCUGGAGAUCGAGAAGCAGAAGACAGAGAAGCUGCUGACACAGAUGCUGCCCCCAUCUGUGGCCGAGGCCCUGAAGGUGGGCGGCACUGUCAAACCCGAGUACUUUGACAAUGUCUCGCUGUACUUCAGUGACAUCGUGGGUUUCACCACCAUCUCAGCGAACAGUGAACCCAUUGAAGUGGUGGACCUUCUCAAUGACCUCUACACGCUCUUUGACGCUAUCAUUGGGAACCACGAUGUCUACAAGGUGGAGACAAUCGGUGAUGCAUACAUGGUGGCAUCUGGGGUUCCUGUCCCUAACAGUAACAGACAUGUGUCAGAAAUCGCCAACAUGUCUCUGGACAUUCUGAGUGCUGUAGGAACCUUCAAGAUGAGACACAUGCCCGACGUUCCUGUCAGGAUCCGCAUUGGAGUGCACACAGGUCCAUGUGUUGCGGGUGUGGUGGGUCUGACCAUGCCUCGUUACUGUCUCUUUGGAGACGCGGUCAACACUGCUUCACGCAUGGAGUCCACGGGAAUGCCCUACCGGAUCCACGUCCAUCAGAGCACGGCGAAGUUCCUGAGGGACAUGAACAUGGGCUACAAGCUGGAACUCAGAGGCAGGACUGAAGUCAAGGGCAAAGGAGUGGAGGAGACGUUCUGGCUCGUGGGUCGGGAUGGAUUCACCAAACCUCUGCCUGUUCCUCCAGAGCUGAAGAGUGGACAGAUGGCCCAUGGACUGCAGAUGGCAGAAAUAACCCAGUACAAGAAACGAAAAGCCCAGAAACAACAAGAGCAACUGGAAAAGCACAAAAGCUGAGAUGUGGUGACUCAGCAGAGCAGGGAUCUACAGACAGUGUGUGUCAGCAGAUGAAGGAACGCCACUAAUCCUCUUCUUCUCUCCUGCUCCUCAACUCCUCCUCUGUAGGAGGAAAACAGGGGCAGGAGGUGGGAAGGUUGUGUUGAUAAAGUAUGGAGGGGCGCUCACUGGUAACCUUUACACACACCUGUGCAAACGUGAUGGUAAAAUUAAGAUAGUGAUUUACGGUAGAAGAGAGUGUGUCACAUCCCGACUCCACCUCAGAGAGAAACUGUAAAAUUGUAGCGACACACAGCAGUUGUUGACUGCUAAGAGAGAAUGUGUUAUUUUGUGACUUUGUGUCUCUGGUUAAUAUCCUCUGUUUGAAUACCUCAGUGAUGCAAACUGACCACAGGAAGCAGCAGUGGACCAGCAUGCAGCGCCUGUGUCUCUGUCGCUGGGGUUUGGUGUGUAAUGAGGUUUAGUGACGAACAUUCAAAUCAAAAUCAGCUAAAUAUUACUGUAUCCUAACAAUAUCCAUUUGGCACAUUGAUGUGUUAGGAUGUUUGACAGUUGUGUUCAGUAUGAAAGUAAACUGUCAGAAAUAAUGUAGUAAUCCUGUUGAAUAAUUUGUUUUAUUAAUCAGAUUACAUUACUAACAAAUUGUCCAGAACGACGAUGACUCUGAUUCCAAAAAAUAGAGUGAAAAAUUGUGUUUUGUUCAAGAUUGUUUUGAUGUAAAUAUUUUAUCAUUCUUUUUUAUUUUACACCGAAUUGACCUUUUUUAAAUUGACUUUUGUGACGAACGUAUUCUCCUUUCGUACGUAAAAUGUGCAUACGAGUUUAGACAAAAAUAAUACAAUAGUUCCCUCUAGUGGCCACUUGAAAAUAAACGCUCUUGCUUCUGAUGCUUCCUGGCUCUCUAUCUUUGUUAUAUCGUUUCUUUAUUUUUCUUUCAUUCAUUUUUCCUUCUUUCUUUCUUUUUUCUGCUAUUAUGUUCUUCCUUUCUCAUCUUUUAUCAGUUUAUUUUCUCUUUUUGUCCUUUUCUUGUUUCUAUCUGGUCUUUAUCCAUUGUUUCCUUCUUUCUUUCUUUUUUCUGUUUUCUUCUUAGUCUUAUCUUUUCAGUUCACUCUUUUUUCAUUUUGCAAAAACGUCCAAACCUGCUUAUGUUUUUACUCAAAUAACGUCUGUGUUUCUUUUCAAACUGCUGUAACAAAGAUUGCAUGUUUUCCUUUGUCUUUUCUCUCUCUCUCUCUCUCUCUCUCUCUCUGUGUGUGUGUGUCAUCUACAGUUCUUUGUUGCAGUACAAAGAAGCAGUCGAGGCUCAAACUGUAAACAGUAUAGUGAUGGGCCAGCAGAGGGAGUUGUAUUUCUCUCUAUCUGCGUACUAGUGUUAAUACGCAGAUCAAGGGAAAUGCAUUCAAAGCCAUUCGAAUUCCACUGUUGCCUACUGUGGUUCGUUUGUGCCACUGAGGCGGUUCCGGACAAAAUGAUUUUAAGCAGUGAAGUCACAGCGGUGGAUCAACUGUUCUCACUGUCUGUGACCUGAAUCACUGAUAUUCUCUAUGGACUUUGAUCUGUGGUGGAGUGAGUGGUUUAUAAGGGUCAUUUCCCUUUCAAAAACUCUUGUUAGAGAAGGAACAUAUUUUUAAAUAGCUUCAAAGUCCAACUUAGGUUUUGUUAAUCAAGUGUAUUGUUAAUUAACCUGGUGCGUUAUUUUCGUACUGACUCUGUCCCUCUGUCACUCUAUCCCUCUGACACUUCACACUCAGUUCAGUUUAUCAUUAGGUCUGAGGCUACAUUGGUUCAGUGGUUCCCUCAUCUGCCUGUGGUUUCACACAUGAAAGGUUGAAGGUGUUUUUCACUGAAGCUUAGCAGAAUGUGACUUCCUAUGAACAGCAGCUGAUAUUUCCCCUGGGAAGAGUUGGGUUGCCUGACAUCUUUACUGGUGGCCUGACGUCAUGGCAUGAGAGACUGGUAUUCUUGCUGUUUCACUGCUGUCGAGGUUUUUCCUUAACAAGGAGAUGGGAAGGUUAAAGAGAGGGCACAGAAACUGCAGGGUAGAGGGUAAAAAUAUCUCACCUCUUUGGAGCUACUUCACAAGGAAAAACCCCAGAUUUUCUCCAUGGACUCUGGUCUGUGAACUAAAAACAUUGAUUUUCUCUAUGGACGUUGGUGAGGGAGAAUACAACCAUCAGGGUAUAAGGGCCAUAUUGAGGAAGACGUAUUCAAAACUGGAGAAGAAAAUUAAACGUUUACAAGGUACAAAUCAUUUGUGUAUAAGAAUAUAGUUGUGCAUUUGUAAGAAUAAAGUUGGGAAAACAUGAAUAAAAGAUGUACGUUUUGUAGAACAUAGGUGCAUCUUUAGGAGAAUGGUUGUUAUAUUACAGUAUAAAAUUUGUAUAAGAGUAAAAUCCUGAUAUUGACUUUUUUUUUCUGUCUUGAUGCUAAUGAUGAUGUGAUGCUGAAGAUCCAGAAGAUGAAGAUCUUCUUUCUUGUAGAACACUAUUUAAAGUGUAACUUCACCAGAUUCUUUUCUGUUUUUUCAUAUUGACCAAAAGAUUAUUUACACCAACUGCCCCUCCAUUGUCUCUUGACUAAAAUAUGUCACCUAAAGUCUUCAAUACCAUUUUUAUCCCUAAUGUCGCCCAAACACUCAGUUUUGAGGCACUGCACUUUGGUAUGUUAAUGUUGAUUCGACAGCUGAUGAAAGCAAGGAAAACAAUUUCCCUUAAAGUCAGACUCUUCUAAAUUUAGAUGUGGCAUCGGAGACUGUAAAUGUUACUGUGUCAGACCCAGGUGGUUCCUGCAUCGCUGCGUGGCCAAAACUCUGCCAGAUUCAGGUCGUAUUCCAGCUGCUCCAACACGAUCCCACACGGUGUUCCCACUGAAACCGGGCCAGUGAAUAGCUGAAUUUUAAUUACUGUAGUGCUUCCCUCAGACUCUCCACUCUGGUCUUGUGCUGGUCCGGUCAUGUGAGAAUCCAAUACUAACUCUAAGCCAGGGCUCAGCAGCUCCAUCCACACUGCUGAUCUCACUGGGCUGUCCUCUUCCUUUAAAGAUAAUAUCAAACUCUCCUCUGGCACAGAGAUCAAAUCCAGAUCAAAUCCACAUUUGGGUUUGGAUGACUUAAUGCAACUACCACUCAGUAUAACAGCCGAUCGGACAGGUUUUAGAUGGAUUUCACCUAAGAAUAACA